CUCACAAUGGUUGCCACACAACACGCUUCGCCCAUGGCGGCUGGUGUUCUUAAGAACCUUGAGAGUGGUCUGGCACCUGCUAAGGCUGCUCCCCCAGUACGGCCUACAAAACCCUCUACCGAAAUAAUGAAACAACUAGAACAGGCCAAGGCCAAUUCCCAGGCCAACUCGCCCGCCCCUAAAAGGCCACCUCUGCCCAAAGAGACAUCAGCGCUAGUAGAGCCGGUCAAAGCCACCUCACAGCCAAAUUCGCAAGCACCAAAGAGACCUCCUUUGCCAAAGGAGAUGCAGAAGAUCAAGGAGAGAAUAAACACUCACGAAGAGAAGGUUGGCGAUGUAGGUUCAGCCCAGAAGGAGGCCGACAUCAGCCAACCUGCUCAUCGAUUUCUGGUGUCGAUGCAAGGCCAUGGAUACCCCUGGUCACUCGUUACGGAGCCAAUGGUAGGGCAGCCCCAAGCAGCCUCAUCUGAACACGCUGAGGUCGUGACUCUGCCCGUCGAAGCUUCGAAUACCGGCCCUGCCAAAGAUAUCACAUCUUCACCUGUGGUGUUGACGCAAGAGAGAUUAGCUGGCACGGUAGAUGUACCCGCCUAUAGAUUUAUCAGCACAAUGGCCGGUCACUAUGGCUUCCCGCAGACUCAUGCUGUUGUAGGCGCUCAGAUAAAAAGGAAGGAACAGCAUGUUCACAAAGAUAGCCAGAUGGCCAAAUUAUUCACAUCCAUGAGUAUCAAAACCAAGACGUUUGUCAAUUCCGUGAUGACGCACAAGCCUACAAAGGCCGGUAAGAACAAGCAGGCACGGAAUACCGAUGCAGUUGUACCAGCGUACCGUUUCCUUACCUCUAUGCAAGGCUAUGGAUAUCCGAUCACUCACACAGUCAUGCCUGUUGUCCCGAAGACUGCCGUGGCUGAUACUGCUACCCAGAAUGAUCUCGUUGUUCCCGCUUACAGGUUCAUGACUAGUAUGCAAGGCCAUGGCUAUCCCUACACUCCCGCCAUGUCUCCCAAGGAAGCUGCUAAAGCAAAAAGGUCAUUCAUGGAAUCCGUGAUGGGUGGUGCCACACACUUGAUUAAUUCCAUCAAGUCAUCAACCAAGUCGGCAAAAACGGCAUUGCCCUCCACUGACAAGGUAGACGACGGUAAUAAAAAGAGUGGACCAGCUGUGCCGGCAUACCGGUUCAUGACCUCUAUGCAAGGUCAUGGAUAUCCUGUCACAAACAUGGCCUCACGCAGCAGCUCUUUGACGGCCAAGAAGCAACCACCAGCGAAGCGCAAGUCCAUUAUGCAGGAAUUCAUGGGCAAGUUAACUGAUGUCAAGGGUGGCAACCACAAAAUCGCUAAAGUGCUAGAACCAGUCGAGAUUCCUGCAUACAGGUUCAUGACCUCCAUGCAAGGCUACGGGUACCCAGUUGUACCCCGUUCUCCAACGGCUGAAAAGCCGCCUACUCGACCAAACGGUCACCCAGCCCCAUUCAAGGUUUCCAUAGACAAAGUGUGUGUAGAAGCACAUAAGGAGGCGGAGGGAGAGAGCUCUAAGAAGGAUAUAGAAACUCAGCAGUUGGCUAAGAACAAGCCGCAGCGCCCAAAAUCGCUCGAGAAACAGAACGGAUUCAUGAAGUUCUUCAAAAAAUUGACGACGAAGACCACUAAGCCUGCGAGUGCAAAGGCCAGCAAAGAGAGUCUACAUGAGUCUGCAGAGCACAAGAACAAGAGCAAGGGAAAGGCAAAGGGCAAAGAAGCGGAGCAGACUGUUGAGGCUCCCAAACCACAGGAAGAAAUUACUGAUAAGGAAGACACGGUUGUUGAGGACAAGAUUGAGACGCCCAAGACUGAGUAAGAAAGGUACAUUUUGUUGUUAGAAUAGACGCUAAGGAUGCAAGAUCCUCUGAUAUUUUUUAGGGUGAUGUGAGGUAAUUAUGGCUGGCAAAGGUAUUGGUGCUCGAAGGACCCAUGCCCCCCUUCCGACUCACAUUCCUAUCCGGUGGCUUGGAUUAUUUUACACUAUUUCGAGAUAACUCCAUCGCGUCCUGUACUGAUAAUUAGUCGCAAGAGCCACUGCUUAUAUCCACACGGUGCCUAGUCGUUGGCCAUGAGCAUAUCUAGAAUGGCUCCGUCUCGACCCACAGUACCAAGCUUAGCGAUCGAAGUACGAUCCUGGCAUAUACAUACGUAUCAUGGAAGUCCGAACAAAUUUGCAGAGGAGGGCUGUCUUGCUGGUAGCAACAACACGCCCUAUAAUAAAUAUAUAAGUAAAACCUUAAUAGUAAUCCCGCUAUAUAGCCUAUGCACCUUGUGUAUCCUAGUCGCUGACUAUCGUUACGUAUACAGUAUGUCUGUCAGAUCCUAUUCAUUUUUCUGUUAAGCAAACCUAGCUUGUGAUGCACUCCCAGACACUAGGUAUCGAAUAGCAAGAAUGUGCACUCAAAGUGAGCGCCACAUCACCGUACAGUCGAAUGUCGCUGCCAAAAUAAAAGAAGAACUGCAGUAUGAUAGCCAACUUGCAUAAAUGUCUCCAAGGAUGUGUACACUCUAAAGAGAGUUAAGAACAAAUUCACUUAUCAGUAAAACACUAACCAAUGCUACAAUAUUGCGUGAAAUACAAC